ACGAAACCUAAGUCUCUGCGAAGUGCGAAGUAUCACAAGGGAAACGAUUUGGGAUUGAGAGGAAUGGCAAAAACAAAGCGUCAAAAUUCGAAACCUAAAAGACAGCCUCACGUCAAAAAGCAGGGAAAGGUGACUGAUAUUUCUCAGUUCCGUGCUCAGCUUGAUGCAUUGGGCCUAAAAAUCAACCAAGUGACUGCAGAUGGUAAUUGUUUCUUCAGGGCCCUUGCAGAUCAGUUGGAAGGAAAUGAAGAGGAACAUAAGAAGUAUCGCAGCAUGGUGGUAGAAUAUAUUUUGAAGAAUCGUGAAAUGUUUGAACCAUUUAUUGAGGAUGAUAUUCCAUUUAAUGAAUACUGCCAAUCCAUGGAAGAGGAGGGCACAUGGGCUGGACAUAUGGAAUUGCAAGCAGCUUCCCUUGUUACACAUAGUAAUAUAUGCAUUCACAGAAACAUGUCACCUCGCUGGUACAUCCGCAAUUUUGAUGAGCGUGGAGCUUGCAUGGUCCAUUUAUCCUAUCAUGAUGAAGAACACUAUAAUAGUGUGCGGUUAAAGGAAGACCCUUCUGGUGGACCAGCUAGGCCAAUCAUUAUCAAGGUGGAUGCAGAUCUUUCAGCAACAGCUCAUCAACCAAAAGCUGCAGUCACGCGGUCUAAAGGAGGAACUGGUGAGGAUAUUAUCCAUGCUGGAUCCAUCAAAAUGGUAAUGGGAGGAACUGGAUGUCAAGAUGCUGAAAAAGUCAAACAGAUUUUAGAACAAGUAUAUGGUGAUGUUGACCUCGCAAUAGAGCUUCUGAUAGCAGAAAAAGGAGCAGAAGAGUACUUGGUGCAAACUGAUUCACUCCAUGGUCAGUCAGAUACUUCCUAUGAUGAAGUUGUAGAUGGAAACUGUGAGCAACAUGACGAAGAACCCAUAGAGAAGACCGAUUUGAUAGAUGCCUCCAGUAAUAGUGUUAAAAGAAGUCAUGGUGAUAGUAGUUCCCAAUCAGAUGAUAAGAAGAUCUCAAGAAAUAAGGCCUGUACAUGUGGUUCAAAGAAGAAAUACAAAGCUUGUUGUGGAGCAGUCACUGGGAGAUCCUCUGCUAAGUUUGUAAUUAACCAAUCAGUUGAUUCCAGAAAGAAAAAGGAAUGGAAGCAAGGCAAGAAAGGUGGACCUGCUAAAGCUGCUGCACCAACCAGUGGAUCUGAUGGAGGGCCACCCGACAUGGGUGCGCUUUGUAUAUGAUCUUGAUCUGAGGGUAUAAUACCGCCUAUUGGGAUGCUCUACGAUUUUCCAUUUGUUGUGAAUUUAAUGGCUAUGGCGCUUGGUUUUUUUCCUCUUUCAACAGAAGAUAAUUUCUGCUUGCUCAAAAAGAGAGGAAUUAAUGGCAGCACAGUUAAUGUCGCUAAUGGAAAUCCAUUUCCUAAAAAAUGUGCUCCCAAGAUUAAUCAAGUUACAUAUUUACUUCGCUGUGAAGCUUCUGCACACAUGAAACUGGCUUGUCAGCCUACUGGCGUGCUCCAUACAAGGAAUGCCAGAUUACAAUGUUGUUACAUGUACACAUAGAUGAGAGUUACAUUAAAAUGUGGAAAAGCCAUGUUCACUAUUGAAAUGGGAUUCUGUAAUUAUGGGAUGCAAGACAUUUCACUGAACUUGAUUUAAAUCAAUAUGGGACAAAAUAGGUCAGACUUGGCAUUGCUGUUACUUAUUUAUGGCCACUGUGUUUGGUAUUAAAAUAUAUAAACUAUCAUUUGGAUGAUGGAAGUUUUGUAAGUGAUGUAAUUGUUAGAAUAUUAAUUAGAUGAUUACAUUAAUAGUUU